AUUUAAUUUAUUAAUUUUACAGAUGCGGAAAAUCCAGAAAAUGUCAGACACAGUAACGUCAGGCUAAAGUUUCUACACCAAAUAUUACAGUGGAAGCCCCAAUGGUUCUUAAACAAAAACGCAACUUCGAUUUUUACAUCAUUGAAAUUGACUCAACCAAAGCUAUCAUAUGAGAACUUUGAAGAAUAUUGCCAGGUACAGCUUCCUUUAUUAGUUUAUGAAUUUUGGAACGACUUAGUCGAAUUUCACAGCACUCUCGAUGAUAACGAUGAAGUCAAACCACAAAGUCUUGAAUUGUUCAAGAUUCCAUUGUUUAACAGAUGCUUAAAAGUAAAUCCCGACGAUGAUACAAACGAUCGGAUUUAUCGUUUUAAAGCAAGGGCAAAAAUUUCAUCGGACACUAAUGUUUGGUUUCCACGUCACAGUACUUUGAUAAAAUUUAAAAAUCCCUCAGCUGAAAAUCAAGAACAAUAUGCGUAUAUAGAUUAUUUAACUCGACAGAAAGUAGAAGAUAAACCUGAAUACGAAUUAUUGUAUGAAUUAGUAACAAAGUAUAUGAGAAAAAACAACAUUCCAGAUUCAAUCGUUGUCGAACCAGUAAAGAUGAAAAUUUCACUUACUUUAAAUUAUCUUAAUUCUUUAGUACUUUUGGAAAAAUCCCCACUGUGUGUAGCUAUUCUAAAACCAACAUUUAAUGACCAUGAAUUUUCACCGAUUAAUGACAAAGAUCAAAUCAAACCAGUGACAAAGGAUAAAUUGGAUUCAAAACAAUUAGAAGCCAUGGCCAGGAUUGUUAAGACAGUAGAAGACAAAAAAUCUAAAAUAUGCUUAGUCUCUGGUCCUGCGGGUACUGGAAAAUCUAAACUUAUUAUCAAUAGCGUUUUAUCGAUGCUGAGCCGAAAAAGUACUGAUCGCAUUUUAGUUUGCGGGCAAUCAAACCUAACGAUUGAUUCAAUUGUUUUACAACUUUUAGAUGAAAAGUCUGCAAUGAAAGAAAAAGGUAUAGAAUGCAAGGUUCUUCGUCUGGGUCCAGAAGAAAAAAUGAAUGAGUUGGUAAAACCGGUAUCUUUUAUUUCUCUCACGAAAAGCGUUGAUGCGAAUAAAAAAUCAGAGUAUAUCCAAAAACUCAUGUUGAACUCAAAUGUCAUCGUCAGUACACUGAUGUCUUGUCGAGCAGCGUAUUAUAGAAAUCAUUUACAAGACUUGAAUAUUUCAGUGUGCAUAAUUGACGAAGCUUCUCAAGCCUCCGAAUUGGAAACAUUUUUACCUUUGAAAUUAGGAGUAAGAAUGUUAUUCUUGGUUGGCGAUCCACACCAGUUUAAACCUAGAGUACAUUCUGAGGAAGUGAUGAAGGUAUUGAAUUUGGACAAAUCCUUCUUUCAUAGAGUGCACAAAAUAUUUGAAAAGAAAGAUAAAACUCCGAUUUUAUCAUUGAAUACACAAUACCGUAUGACAAAAGCUAUUUCUCAAUGGCCCAAUCAUUAUUUCUAUAAAGGAGUAUUAAAAAAUGAAGCGACAGUACAACCUUUAGGAAUUUACAAGUACAAAUUACUUAAUCAUUCGUCACCAGAAGAAGAAGAUGGUCUUACAAACAUUGGGGAAGCCAAGCUGAUAGUUGAUAUCACUUAUGCCUUACUGAUGCUUAUGGGUUUGGGAAAAUUUGAUUUUAAAGUUAGCUUGGGUAUUAUUACACUCUUUGAAGAACAACGUGAUUUAAUAAUAAAAAUGUUUGAUCAGGAAGAAAGAUUUAAAUCCAUUAGUAAGGAGCGUAGAGAUAGAAUGAAUAUUAAAGUUGUUAAAAUGUCAGAUUGCUUUCAAGGUUCACAGUGCGAUAUUAUUAUUCUUUCAUGUGUUCAAAGUAAACCUACUGAUCAUAUUUAUGACCCUCACAGAAUUUGUGUUAGUUUGACAAGAGCAAAGCACACUUUGAUUAUAUGCGGCAAUUUGACUAAAUACAAGGAAAAUGCAAUGUGGAAAGAUCUAUUAGAUGAUGCAGAAGAUCGUGAUGCUCUUCUGGAUAUUGAAGUCGAUCAACUUGACAAGCCUAAAAAUAUUAAGUGGUUACUCAUUCCGUGUAAACAAAUUAUAUAA